AUGAAUCUUUCAAACUUGUUGAUGUUCAAAUGCAAAAUAAUUGAAAUUUCAAAGUUUGCCUUGAAGCCUUUGAGUAGCUUAGAAUUCCUCGAUUUAUCCCGUAAUUGGUUGUACAAUACAGUUUUAUUUGAAAGUACCUCUGAACUUGGUUUAUCUAACAUUAAGGUUUUGAAUAUAUCUGACAAUCCAAUUUAUGAGUUGAGUGAUAAAUUUAAUUUUUGGAAGAAUGUCUGGUUCCGAAAUUUAAGAGAAAUUAUUAUUCAAAGGGGUGAUAUAAAGAAAUGUGAUUUUCACGCCUUAUCUAGGAUAGAAAAGUUACGAAAACUCGAUUUAAGCGGUAAUAGGAUUGAAACUAUUUCACCAUACAAUUUUUCUUAUUUGGAAAUCCUUGAUUUAUCUAACAAUAAAUUAGUCCUCCUUCCAGAUACAUGUAGCAAGAAAAUGUUCUCUCAGACUAAUUUUUACCCUGCAUUAAAAGUGUUCCAUCUUCAGAAUAACCGAAUUUCCUUCACAUUAGCUCUCAAUAUAAUUGGUAGCUGUUUGAAAAAUCUAACGACAUUAGAUAUUUCUUUCAAUCCAAUCAGAAUGAUGUUUUAUUUUGCAAUUGUUAACUGUACAAACUUGGAAAUACUACGUAUGGAUCAUCUCCUAGGUCCAAUAGAGCUAUACGACUUUGCUUUUGCUUCAUUUAACCUCAAAGAACUUUAUCUCGGGAAUAAUGUGAUGGGAUACAUGGAAGGUUUUAACUUUACGACCAUUUUAAUGUUUAAUCCAACAUUGCUCGUCCUCCAUUUGACAAAUAUUGACCUAUCACAUGUAAAUUUAACAAGCAUGCUUUUUAACUUGGAAAACCUGACAGAACUGUCUAUUGUUCAUUGCAAAGUUGAAAAUAUUUCGCCUUUGUUAGGGUUUCCAUUACUUUCAGUUUUGAAUUUGAGCUUUAAUUACAUACAGAAACUAGAUUCUCGAUCAUUUCAAGGACUAACUAAUGUAAAGUUAGUCUCUUUUCAAAGCAAUCGCAUUACAUCUUUAGAACAAUCAUCUUUCCCCAAUUUCAUAUGGGAAUCAAGUGAAAUUAUAUUUGAUUUUUCCUCGAAUCCAUUUGAUUGUGGGUGCCAUUUGGAAUGGUUUAAGGAAUGGAUGAAGAGAAAUAAAAACAGAACCUUUGGACACUUAUACAAAUGCAAUACACCAAAAGAGUGGAAUAACCAAUCCAUUUUAUACUUGGAUACACGUGAAUGUCAUAUGCCAAGCCAGUUCUUGAUUUUGUCUUUUACAAUAAUUGGAUUUAUUUCUUUAUUUAUUUUCUCGAUCAUCAUUGUAAGAAGACUUCGAUGGUACAGCAAAUGUUACAUAUAUGAUCGCAAAAAUAAAAAGUUAUUAAUGCCGCCAAGAAAUAAUCAGACCGAGUUUCUCUAUGACGGUUUUGUUUCAUACAAUACUCGGGACAGAAAAUGGAUCAUGUCUGAACUAAUAGAAAAGAUCGAGAGAAAGCAUGAAUACAAACUUUGCUUACACGAGAGAGACAUUAUUCCAGGAGAAAUUUAUGUGGAUGAAAUCCUAAAGUGUAUAGACUGCAGUCGAAAGUUCCUGCUUAUUUUAUCAAAUAAUUUUAUGGAUGACCAGUGGUGCCUAUUUGAAACAGAGAUAGCCAACCAUGCACUAGCUAGUGGGAAAGGUGACACUUUAUUUUUAAUUUUGCUUGAAGACAUUAACUCUCAAUACAUCACAAGGUCACUACGGACUCUUCUGAAUUCUGUUGCACAUGCUGAAUGGACAACCAACAAAAGUGGUCUGAAAUUAUUCUGGAAGAAUGUUCUUAAAUUCAUGGAUGAAACAUGA